UAAUAAACAAACUAGAAGUGGUGAAAUCAUGAGCAGAUAUUAACAUUUUUACGUUUUUCUUUUGGAAAGAAUCAUUUUCAUCAUUAAAAUAUGUUUAAGUCUCGAUUUAGCUCGAUUUUCGACUAAAGAAAGCAGCAUAUUUUGGAAUAAAUUGACACCCUCCUAACUGAAAAUAGCUGAAGUGCAAAGAUGCUGUAUGUAUUCCAUGUUGACACGGGGACGAUGAUGACAUUUGACAUGAACCUUGCCAUGGAGCGGGUCAUAAGUCUUCAAAAUGUCAUCGCCCGUGGGUGUCGUAUUGCCGAAGAUAAACAGGUGUUGUUGAUCAGUGGAGGAGAAAGUCUCGACCCAAGCGCUGUGGUCGGGAAGUACCAUGCUGGCACGGACACCAACCCUAUCUUCCUGUUCAGUAAAAGUACCAUAGAGAGUGCCAUCCCACCUUCCCCCAGUGUCAACUAUGGCUCAGACAUUGACCUACAAGCCCAGGUGGAAGGGUCUCUCCUGAUGCCACCAGCCUAUGAGACAGUGGUGUCCCGGACACAGCUGGCACUGCAAUUUCAAGAAGUGGAUGGGGAGGAGCUAGGAGCCUGUGAGAAACUCAUCCAUGACCAGCAUCUACAACAGCAAGGCUGGGCAGCAGUUGUUGCUAACCUAGAAGAUGUGACAGGUGAGCUUCGUCAGCGAUGGGAAACAUUCAAUGAGUCUUUCCAGCAGUACCUAGAAUGUCGGGAGUCAUACAGAGAUCUUAUUGCUAGUGUGUCCAAGUCACUGAAUCUGCUGUCGAAGAUCCCAGUACUAUCGGCUCUGACAAACUCACAGGAUGGAACAGAUAACUCUAGCGGAUCAGGGGGAGUAACAACAUCUCUGUCCAGAUCCACACUGUUUGACUGGAUCAGCUCCCAGGAUGUAAAUCACACCCUCCAUGACAUGGUGGAACAGUGCGGAAAAGCCACUGAACAGCUUGAUGGUAAGGUGGCGGACUCACUGAAGGAACAGGUGGAGCAUAUGUUGGCAGAGGUGGAAAAUGAGAGCAUGAAGGCAGUAAAGGGCUUGGAAGAUCGUCUUUAUGGUCUAGACCAGAUAAUCUCUGGGGCUAGGAAGAUCCUACAGGAACAGGCUGACCUUGCGAAGGGCUUUGUUCAGAACCAGAACCGUGUGAGUAACCUGCGUGAUCGGUCAAUCCUGCCUGACCUGUGCUCUAGCCAUAGGAAUCAGCUUAUGGAAAUGUCGAAAAACCACACACGCCUGCGGGAAAUAAAAAAGAAAUGCCGUAUGGCGAAGGAAGAACUCUCUAUCAACUUGCAUACUAGAUUGCGGUGGGUGAUGUACAUUGAGAAGAAGAUCUGUGAUGUUGACGGGAAGUUGACCAUCUACCUGGGCAACCUACGUCGUCUCCGUAAACGUCUGGACAUUCUACAGCAAGUUCAGGAUGCUCCGAGAGUGUACGGUCAACUCAUCACGGAGGUGGUCAGGCGAAGACAGUUCUCCCUCAAGUUUCUCAAUUGGGCAGGCAGUUUGGCGGAAGACUCCGGCCGCCUUCAUACGGAGGAGAUGAAAAGGAGAGAGGCAUUCCUUCGGAUCAUAGGGCACCAUUUUCUGCAGUCCAUGUUCACUGGCUUUGAUGAUUACCCUCCAGCCUUUGCAACAGUGGCUCCAGAGGGGUUUGACAUGCUGUUACCAGAGAUCACGGGGGAAGACCUUAAACUCCUUAAAGAGGCAGUGCCAGAACUCUCAGGUGUCCUCAGUGAGCCAGUGGAAGAUGACUGGCUUCUGUUCACAGCUGUGAAGGAUGCUAGUGCUCUGUGGGAGGCAGAGACAACUCCCAGUCUACAUACCCUCACACAAGCCACCAGCAUGAAAACAGUCUCUGGGGAGAGGUUAUCUUACUCUGAGGGGUCAUCCCUACAGCCAUACUCAAUUGACAAUGGGAGUAAAUCCCUCGGGGACCAAUUUGAAGAAUGUAUGCAGGAUGAAGACAUCACAAAGAAACCAGAAUUCAUCUCCUUCUCUCCACCUAACGAUGAGUUCCUAUUGGCCAAGAGUCUGUCUGAGGAGCUUACUCAGGACAUGAGAGAAACCAAUAGCCGGAUAAAGAAGGCGGUGGGAACAGUGGAUGUUAUUGAAGAUUUGCAACUGAGGGUCGGAAUGCCUGGCUCCCCAACAGCAAAACCUAGCCCCUUGCCCCACCCACCAGUCAAAACAAGAAAAUCCUUGCCAGAAAUGUCGCCGGACAUGGAAACCUCGCAGGAAUUUGCUACAGCCGACUUCUACAUAGAUGAGUCCAUGCCUUCAUCGAUAGAGUCCCCUCCAAAACCCUGUAGUGAGACUAAGUCUAGUACAGAAGACUGCCUAGCUGCAGAGAAACAAUCCAACAUAAAACUGCUGCAAGAGCUCAAGGAGUGCAAUACUAAACUAAGUGAAAAUGAACAAAACUUAAAAACGCUUAGGAGCAUCAUCUGUGAUAGUCUGCCUUCUUUGAGGCAGAGCGCUUGUGAUUUAAAACAGAAUCAUUCAGAAUACGUUCAAAAUGUGCUUUCAGAGGUGCAGAGUGUAAGGAAAAGUAUGCUGGAUCAGUUGGAGAAACUGGAUGCAAAUAAGACUGCAAGUGAAGAAUCUAUGAUGGGAAAACUGAACGAGGAUCAUUCAAAGGAGUUAAAGGAGUUAUGUGAUAAGUUUGACUGUGAAUGUGCCAAAGUUAGUGAAUUAGAAAAAACGUUACAAGAAAUCGAACAAGAUAAGAAAAAGGUAGAGGAAGAACUGCAAAGUCAAGUUAAACAACUGCAGAAAGAAAAGAUUGAUAUUGGUGUUAAGUUGGCGAGUGAUGUUAAAGAUUUAACAUUACAACAUGAACUGGAAUUAGAGGUGGAAAUUGACAAGGCGAAAUCAGAACUGCUUGUUAAGUUGGCUUCAUUGGAAAAAGAUAUUGAAGCUAAGGAUAAUGUAAUCAAAGAAAAGGAAAGUGCAAUAAAAGCUAUAGAAACUGAAAAGGUUAAGUCUGAAGAAUUGCUCAUGGAUAAAUUUCAAAAAGAGAAAGAAACUAUUUGUGGAAUUCUUGGUGCAGAAUAUGAUGAAAAGCUAGAAAAAGCUGUCCAAGAGAAAGAGGAACAAAUGCAGACAAUGAAGGAUUCUGUGAUUACAGAAUUGACAGAAAAACAUGAAAAAGAGGUGCAGAAACAGUUAGAUGAACUUAAACAGAAAUUCAGUACAGAAAAAGAAGAAGUUGUUGAGAUGACCCAAAGUACACUUUGUAUUGAGCAUGCAAAGGAAACUGAUGAAAUCAAACAGGUACUAAUAAAAGAGAAAGAUGAAGAAAUUGCUCAGCUCAAAAAACAGUUGGAAGCACAAUAUGAUGAGAUGAUUGGGAAGUUGAAGAGUGAAAAAGAUAAAUUAGAAAAGGAAUUGAAGAAAUAUGAAGACAAAUCAAUGUCAGAGUCCACAAUUCAGACGGAUUGGUCAGUGUUCAGGUUGAAACAAGACGAAACGCAGACUGAUGAUGUUUCAGUGUUUGAGACCCAUGUACAGACUGAUUCACAAAGUACCAUGGCAUCUUCAAUGCAAACAGAAGCAAAGGAUCAGAAAGACUGCGUAAUGCAGACAAGUUCUGCACAGAUGACAUCGUCAGUUCAGACUGAAGACAUUUCUCAAGAUAGUGAAGCAACUAAGGGUGAAAAACAAUGUUCAAAAUGUGGUUUUCAGACUGCUGAACUCCGUGAAACUAGUGAUGAAAGUAGCUCAGAUGUUGAAAGUGCCAUUAAGAAAACUGUGCAAGCUGAGUUUGACCAGCGCAUAUGUGACCUAGAGGCUUGUCAUAACGCAGAGAUUUCAGAGCUGAUUUCCAAGCUGGAGAAAGAAAAGGAAGAUGCACAGCAGCUCAAGUCUUCACUCACUUCCAUGACCGGUGAUAAACAGACGCGUUUUAAUGAAGUAGUCAACCGAGUCUGUAAGGAGAAGGAUCGGAUGAUCGAGGAACUAAAGGCCCAAGAACAGAAGCUUCUUGACACAAUCCAAGCUCACAAACAGGAAAGCUUGAAGUUGGCUGAGGAAAAAUCCAAGGCCGAGGGCAUCAAGGAGCGAGCCCUAUCCCUUUUGGAGACGAAAGAGAGGGAGUUUGGGGCCUCACAUCGGGCCUUGGAGAGUGAGCUGGGCCUAACUCGUCAACAGGUGGCAGCCCUCAAGGAUCAGCUGGCAGGGGUUGGGUCUGAUUCUGAGGGUGCGGCAGCUGUGUCCCCUUCUGUCGAACAGAUCAGUGAUCCGGAGCAGCCAGACCUGUAUGAAAGGAUAAAGACUCUGGAAGAGGAGGUCAGAGCAAAAGAAGAAGAAAUAAAUAAAUUACAACAGAAAGUUAUGGAGUUGUCCAUGACAGCCAGUACAAGGUCUCUGAUUCAGGACAAAGUUUCAAUUACAAGCUGCCAUGUAGGGGACCUGGUCCUGCUGUGUCUAGACGAGAGACUGGACCAGUAUGUGGUGUUCACAGUGGGGUCCACACUGCAUUUCCUUCACACAGACUGCCUACCUCAACUGGGGCUCAAGUCUGAAACUGGUGAUCAGAAAAAACAGUGGCUAAUUGCUGAAGUGGUUGACAAAGAAUACUGUCAGGCAAAAAAGGCUAACAACAGAUUCAAAGUCCCUGUGGGUACAAAGUUUUACCGGGUCAAGGCUAAGAAGUGGACAAGAGAGACUGGUCAUCCAUCACCACGGAAACCAGACACACCUUCUGCCUCAUCACCUUGAAUAUAGAUGACUUUUGUAAAGUUUGAUGUGUGUUAUUAAAUGUAAUAAUUGGUUACCAUGAAAACAUCUGUAAGUCUGACUUUCCGACUCUGGCUCAGAAAACUGAAUUCUUAAAUGUUUCAGAAAAUGUAUAAUAGAAAUAAUUUUGACCAAAGAUGUGUGCCUGAUGGUAGUUCACAUUAUUUGUAACAAAUGCAUCAUUUUUUACCAUUUUUACUCCUACGAUAGCAUUUUUACAACAAAUUUAAAAUUUAGCUCUUUCGGAUGUUAGCGAAUAUGGGCCCUGCAUAGGAGGCAUUCCAUGAAGAAUCCUAGCAGUAGUUUCUUAUCUAGGAGUAAUUUCAGUAGUACUGAACUGUCUUUAAAUCCUUACAUGUUGGAAAAUCGCGAUGUUAAGGCCCCUAAUUCUGUUGAAAAUCACUUUUGGUAGGAAUUUGUUUCUAGGAUUAUUGAUGAAUUGUCUGCCUGAUGCAUUAUAUAAUAAUGGUCUAGCAAUGUCCAUAAAAGUGAAAUUAUCAUUUAAUCUGUUUAUUUACAUGAACAUGUAUAUCUGAUAAUAUAAUGUUUCUUUCAAAUUUGACCAAUUUCUUUUUAUUGAACAUGUGAACAUAAAUUCUGAUGGGCACGAAAUUUGUUUUAAAUAUGUGUUGUUAGUAUUUCAGUGCAUUUAUCGGUAAUUUAAGAUAGGAUAUGGUUUAUGCUCUCGAUGACAUACUCGGUAGAAAAUGUUGUAAAAACACACAUAGAGGUCCACAAUAUAAUUUACUUAUCAUAAUCAAAUAUGUUUUUAUUUGCAUUUUUUAUGCCAUAUAUGGAUUGUUCUUGCCAAGAAUAACACUUUCAAAAUGUUAGUUUUGGCAUAAUUUCAUGACAGAAAUUAUUUUAUGCAAGUAUUGUAAAGUUAUGUCAAUACUUAGAAAUUCCAAAGUCAUCCUACUUGUAGUUUUACAUUGCUUUGAACAAUUUUUUAUUGUUUUCAAUGAUUUUAGCUAAGGCCAUUCCAAAGUUAUUGUAUUUUAAGUGUUAGUGGGCAGGUAGGGUUUUAGUUUUCCGAAUGAAAGAAAAACAAUUACACAAAAAUCAAAAUGGGGCCCAAAUAAUUAUAUUUUUAAAGCUAAGAAGUUCAAGUUAUAAUUAUUUGAGUAAAGAACUAUACAAUACACAGACUGUUACAGUGACCGACAGAUGUUUAAUUUCUAGAUGAAUGGAUCUGUCAAAGUAUAUGCGUUUUUUUUCGAUUUUUAUUGAGAGAUAAAAUCUGCUAUCAUGGGCGAUAUUGUAUAUACUUAAGUGAACAAUGCACGCUUUUUUUCACCUGCCAGGCAGGUAGGAUUUCAAUUAGAAAAGACACUGAACAAUGAAUCAACUUGGUAUGGCCUAAUUAUGCAAUAAUUAAUUGUACUUGAGGCUGAAAACGAAAACCAGGUAAUUAGAAUGGGGAUGUCGUUGGUCAGGCGGGCGGACGGGCAGAUGUCAAACAUUUGUUUUUUGCCCAAUAACAUACAUAAGAAUUGAUGGAUAGUGAUGAGAGUUGGAGUGUAGGUAAAAUACAUUCACGUGAGACUUAGUAUGAAUGUUGCAGUGGAACUUAACACCUAAGAUACCCAGUACUUAACUCGAGUAAUUUUCAGUAAUGUCUCUUUAUGAUAAAAUUAAAGAUAAAGGCUGCUACUUUUUCCAUACUCAUAUAAGAAAUUAAUUGGCUAUAAUUUCUGAAUGCCAAUAUUUGAAACCUGGUUUUGUGGCAUUGCACCGCUUCUAAUAUUAAUGUUGAAUUGGCAUGUCAUUCAUGUAUAACAUGUCUACUAAUCUGUGUUGUUUAUUGCUUGUAUGGUGUUAAUUAACAAGUGACUAAUCCUAUGAGUAUUGUUACUCUAUACAUGAAUAUAUCUGUUUAUAAUUUAUUCCGUUCUUGUUGCUUUCUUAAUUCUACAUUGUUUCAAUGGACAUCACUACAUGUCUGUUUUUAUUAAUUCAUAUCUUUUGGUUUGUGAUAAUGGUUGAUAUGUUUAUUUAUUGUGAUAAUUGGUACAGUUCUUAAUAGUUGAUAUAUGUUUGUUCUUCAUUCGUUUAGUUUUGAUACUUGGCAACUUGAUUGAUGUUCCAAAAAUGUAUCUUAUAUACUGUACACCUUUCAUGUUUAAAUAUACAUCCAUUUUACAUAUAUUCCAUUAUGGAUUAAAAAUUAAUAAAAAAAC